AUGUCGGAAGAAAUUAAUAAAGGACCCUUAGUGGGAAUGCGACAUGUCCAGAUCUUACUGAUCUUCCUUAACAUAACCGUUAUGUUCAUAGGCCGCCUGAAUGUGGGCGUGUCUGUAGUGGCGAUGUCGCAUGCGGAAACCACGAACCCAGACUUUCCGGAAUACGACUGGACGGAGGCGGAGAAAUCGUACAUACUAUCCAGCUUUUUUUGGGGCUAUAUCUUGACCCAGUUCUUGGGGGGCUAUCUCUGCAAGCGGUUUGGCGUGAAAAGUGUUAUGUUCUGGGGUGUCUUUGGAUCCGGAGUCUGCAGUACUUUGACACCCUUGUUUAUUGGAUUUGGCGAAUGGCAGGCAUACUGUGGAAUCAGGGUGAUCAUGGGAUUGGCGCAGGGAGUGGUGUUUCCCUGCAUUCACCAGCACCUGGCACGUUGGUCACCGCCGGCGGAAAGAAGUCGCUUGGGAGCUCUCAGCUACUCUGGAUGCGAGUGUGGAAAUAUGAGUGCCAUGUUCCUAAGUGGAAUGAUAGCCAAGAGUUCUUUGGGAUGGCCAGGAAUUUCUUACGUCUCGGCUGGAGUGGCUUUCUUGUGGUGUGCCUUGUGGUUCGUCCUCGCAGCCAACAAUCCCACUGAAUCCAGAUUUGUGGGGGAAAAAGAACUUUACUAUAUUGAGUCGUCGCUGAAGCACAAUGAAACGUACCAUAAGACCAUUAUCCCCAUUCCCUGGAAGGCGAUUUGGACCUCGGCUCCAUUCCUAGCUCUUUUGGUGAUCCGUUGUACCGGGAUGUGGGGUUUAAGUACCCUGCAGGCCGAGAUUCCAGCCUACAUGAACGGUGUUCUUGAUAUGGACAUGAAAAGCACUGCAUUCUUCUCGGCGUUACCGUUUUUGGCCAUGUGGGUUAUGUCGUAUGUCUACAUGAUUACCGCCGAUGUUUUGCUCGCCGGAAAUAGGCUGAGUUUAACGGCACUGAGGAAGACCUUCAACUCGCUGGCCUUCUGGAUUCCUUGUGGGACUUUGAUUGGAAUUGGAUUUCUGGACGUGGAACAGAAGAAUUGGGCCAUUGCCCUGAUGACCAUCAGUCUGGGUGUGAACAGUGGUGCUACUAUCGGUUCCUCUUUGAACACGAUCGAUCUAUCACCAAAUCAUGCCAGUAUCCUCAUGGGAAUCGUGAAUACAGCUUCGUGUUUGGUGACCAUAUUCACUCCCCUGCUCGUCGGCUUUAUCGUUGUGGAUGAUACAAAUCGCUCGGAGUGGCAGAUCGUAUAUAUAAUCGCCUCGGUAAUGUUCUUUUUUGGGAACUGCGUAUUUUUGAUCUUUGGCACGGCAAUUUCCCAGCCCUGGGAUGCCGAAGACUACCUUCAGUUGAAGGAACCCGAGAUGGCUAUAAAACCAGUUAUCCAUAAAGCUGCGAAUGAUGCUAAAGAUCUUUCGGUCCCCCUUAAAAGAUAA